AUGGGCAAGCUACGAAAACAGAUCGAGAGAGCCGUCCCGAGAGCCAGAGCGCCCGUCCGUACACCGCCUCCGGGGAUGACGCUGCAGGCCCCACGGUACGUGCCGCCCGCCGAGGCCCGACCACGAACCGCCCGCGCCUCUAUUAGCGUGGAGAACCGAGGCAGGACCCCGGCCGUCGUACGCAACCGAACAGCACGGUCGAGGCAGGAGCUGCUGUACAACGCCGCCGCCCAGACGACCGCCGCUCUCGCCUCUGAACUCGAGGAGCUGUUUGGGUCGCUAUCCGACCUGGAGGACGAGCCGAUGCCGCCGGCACAAACAGGCACAAGACCCGAGGCCGCAGCCGCCACACCGACGUCGCAGCCCCCGCUGGGCACACCGGCCGCACCAGGGUUGCCGACGCCUCCACCAACACCGGCCACCACACCGACGCCCGGAGCCGAGAAAGCGCCGUCCGGACCGCCACCCGGCUACGGAUACUUCACCGGCAGCCAGCCCACGACCAACCAGGGACGGCUAGACGGCAUCCCCUGGGACCGCAUCCGGCCAGGGCAACGAUACCGACACCGCACGGCCGGACGCACGGUCAUCGUCAAGCGCCUCCGCAACGGGGAAUUCCGAGUCCGCGAGUAG